UCAGGCGUGUGAGAAAAGGACAUCCUGAUUCUCUCUUGUACAGUUGUACUCGUACCGAUAACAUAAGAUUUUGUACAGAAUUAGCUAAAAGAUGGAAAUGGAAACAUCCACAUAUUCCACAACAAACAACAUCUUACUUUCAAUUCUCAGUAUAGUUGUUGUGACGAGCAUAUUGAAAGUGGUAAAUUGGGUUUGGUUGAGACCCAAGAAGCUAGAAAGAUGGUUGACACAGCAGGGUAUUCCUGGUACUUCUUACAAAUUCUUCUUUGGAGAUACGAAAGAUAUUUCCUCCAUGUCCACUCAAGCUUUGAAAACCCCCAUCAAUGGCUUCUCCAAUGAUUACUUUCCACGUGUUGACCCUUUUCGUCAUCACCUACUUACUAGAUUUGGAAAAGACUAUUUCAUUUGGGCUGGUCCUACACCAAUGGUAAACAUCUCAAAGCCUGAGUUGAUUAGAGAGGCCUUAACAAAUACGCAGGACUUUCUGAAACCGCGGUUGAACCCAAUUGUCGACAAGCUAUUUCCGGGGUUUGUCAACUAUGAAGGAGAGAAAUGGGCUAAACAUCGUAAAAUGAUAAACCCUGCCUUUCAUAUGGAGAAGUUGAAGCUUAUGUUGCCUGCAUUCUAUGAUAGUUGUGCAAAAAUGAUUGAUAAAUGGGAGAAGAUUGCUGCUGAAGGCGGUUCUACCGAGCUAGACAUGUGGCCAGACCUUAAUGCACUCUCUGCUGAUGUGAUCUCCAGAGCAGCCUUUGGUAGUAGCUAUGAAGAAGGACAAAGAAUUUUCGAACUUCUUAAGGAGCAGACAAGCAUGGCUCUUGCUAUGCUGCAAGAAGUAUACAUUCCAGGACUCCGAUAUAUUCCAACAGUGAAAAAUAGGAGGUUCAGGGAAGUUGAGAAUGAAAUACAGACUUUACUAAAAACAAUCAUCAAUAAGAGGAAGCAAGAAAUUGAGGUUGGAAAACCAGUAAAAGCUGACCUAUUGGGCAUACUAAUGGAUUCCAUUCUGAAACAGACCCAAGAGGUUGUUGGCAGUAUCAAGAUUCAGCAGCUUGGAAUGAGUAUACAAGAAGUAAUUGAUGAGUGUAAACUAUUUUACUUUGCCGGACAAGAAACUACUUCUGUACUAUUAGUUUGGACAUUGCUUCUGCUGAGCAAGCACCAAGAUUGGCAAGCACGAGCACGAGAAGAAGUUUUGCAGACAUUUCAGAACAGUGUACCAGACUUUGAAGGUCUAAGCCAUUUGAAGACAAUGAGCAUGAUUUUAUAUGAGGUUUUGAGGUUGUAUCCACCAGCAACUCAACUGAACCGAAGGAUUCACAAGGACACGAAACUGGGGAAACUAUUACUUCCUGCUGGGGCAUUGAUAGCUUUUCCAAUACUCCUUGUUCACCGGGAUGAGGACUUUUGGGGAGAUGAUGUUGAUAAUUUUAGGCCAGAAAGGUUCUCUGAAGGGAUUUCAAAGGCAACAAGGGGGAAUAACUCAUAUUUUCCCUUUGGUUGGGGACCAAGAACAUGCAUUGGAGAAAAAUUUGCUAUAACAGAAGCUAAAAUGGCAUUAUCCAUGAUACUACAACGAUUUUCCUUUGAGCUUUCACCAAAGUAUUCUCAUUCACCGAUGACUGUUAUAUUUCUACAGCCUCAACAUGGUGCUCAAAUUAUUUUACGCAGGCUUUGAGGGUACGUCAGAGUAACCCAGUCUUGUAUAUAUGUAUAAAGAUUGAUAAGACUUGCACCUUCAUUUCCUUCUUUUUCUCACGAAUGUCUUUCUCCCUGUGUUAGUUUCUGCAAGAACUGUCCACUUGCUUCGAUGUGUAUAUUAGAAGCUAAAGGUCUUAUGUACUCUGGUUAAUUCUGCCUGAACUUAUAUUCCACUAUCACACAUAAAAUUGUCACAAA